AUGUCUAUGCAGCAAACAUCUCAUUCUCAGCAAUCAGUGCAGAAUCAUUUUCAAACCCUUCAAUAGAAAUCUAAUCUCCAUGGCAGCUUUUCAGGCACCAGAAAAAACUCUAUCAAGGAAGCCAUCAGUUAGUAAAAUCAAAUGCCAACAGCUAGUGGUGAUAUGGGUACAUAACCGAGAGUAAAGUCAUUAAUUCCUAAACCAGCCCCAAGACACUCUCUUGGAACAAAUUAGUCGAGACAUGCUCAGAAUAGCAACUUCAUGACUAAUGCCUAAAUUAUAAGCUAAAAUAAUCUGCAAACAUAAAAGAUCACUGCAUCUUUUAACCAAUCUUCUUCUAAUAACAAUAAUCAUCACAAUCAGUUAACUCCUGAUCCUGUGUCAAGGACCAGAUAAUAGUUUUCCUAGACUUUACUCCCAAGUCAGAUGCUAACAUAUCAACUACCCGCUCAAUAGAAUUAAGCUGUCAUUAAAUCAAUGAAGCAAUCUACAAAUACCUCUAAUUUGAAGCCUAACAUGUACUAAGGUGUUAGCUCUAGCAGUUGUGGAAACAGAAAUAGUUCAGUUGGUCUGACAAAUAGCGGCUCAAAAAAUCAAUCAAGAGGAAACAGUGCUAACAUGAAAAACCUAAAUCUAAGUACAAAUAAGACAACUCUUUUCUAACCAGAAAUUAAACCAACGAGCUCUAUUAUCAUUGCUUCCACUAAUUACUCAAAUCAAUAAUCAGCUUAAAGAUAUUCAAAGAUUGGGAAAUAACUGAGCAAAGCUCUCAAUACAUUUGAUGGAAGAACAUAAUAAAAUUAAUCCUAAACUGACAGAUAGUCAAUUACACCAAUAUAGGCAAAAAACAACCUUGAUUUUAAUAACAUUCCAUCAUAACUCAAUAGACUUCAGGAGAGUAUCUAAAGAAACACUACCAAAGACAACCUUAAGAGCUUUAACAGUCAUAAAAAUACUGGGAAUGGCUUACCAGUCACUGAGUAUUCAGAAAAUCAUCUCAAUAAUAAUUUUAGUGAAGCAAUGAAUACUAAAAGUAACAGUAAUUUCGGGGAAAAAGCAUACUUGUCAAACAGGACAUCAUGCUAUGAUAGAGAGGAAAUGGAUGAGAAGUAUGUUGAUGACCCUAACUAAAAUGAUUCCUUCAAAAAUAUUAAUAGCAGUAAUCAACAUACUAUGUUGAUGGAGAUUACAAACAGUAAGUAUAAUGAAGAUUAAAAAAAUCUUAUAGUCCUGAAAUAAUCAAAUAACUCAAGAGUCUCAUAAAAAUCACAAGUUUAAUCUAGACAAACGAAUGAUUAUUCUAUAACUUAGUUCAACAUGAAUUCUUUAAAUACUCCUAAUGUUAACGAUACUAUUAUGCAUACUGGUAACUUCAAGCAAUUACCUCACCCUCACAUCGAUGUUUCUUAAGUUACACAUGUGCAAUGUCCACCAUCAGUGAUGUCAAUGGGCGAAGAAAAUAUAAGUAAUGAGGAAUCACCUCAUAAAUGUCAUUCAAUUAAGACCUAUCACAUUAGUACUUUCUUUAACAAAGAGAACUAAUAGAAAUUUAUUGAAUUCAUAGAGAAUAGAUGUAUCAGUCAAAAGAUAAACUAUGAAUACUUGAGAACUUAUCCCAAAAUGAAUUUCCAAUUACCUGAGUCUAAAUUUCAUGAAAAUAUGUCAAUUAGUUAAUAUGAAACUCCUAUCAAUAUCUCUAUACCAUACAAUCUUGAUUGUACUUAAAAUCAAGAUGUGAGUAUAUUAACAAAUAGUUAGUUGAAUAUUACUAAUACCGAUCUAGGUGGGACAUAAAAUCUUAAUUCUGCAAGUGUGGGAGGUACAGGAGAUUUCGGUUAAAAUAAUUAGAAAAAGAUGCAAAAUUUUAGUUGUCCCCCUCAGAGUUAAUAAUAAAGUAUAUCCUCUGGAGGAGGAGGUGGCCAUAUCAAGAUUUAAAAUUGUUACUCAGUCUCUGAAAAUGAUAAUUCAAUCGAUCUUAUUGAUAAUCCAGCACCUCCAAAAUAAAGCUAAAAUGUAGAGAUACAUAAACAGCAUUUGAUUCAGACUUUUAAUGCGCUUUAAACAAUUCCAUUAUUAGGACCUUACCAAAAGCAUCAUUUAAAAAAAGAAAGAAUUUACUUGCCUCCACCUAGAAAUCCAUCACAUAAGAAAGUACUUAUAUUAGAUAUUGAUGAAACAAUGAUUCAUUGCUUGGAUGAAAGAGAUCCAGAGAAUGAGGAGCCUGAUGUUGUAAUAAGAAUUCCCCUUGAUGAUGAAGGAGAUUAUGCAGAUGCUGGGAUCAAUAUCAGACCACAUCUUUAUGAAUGUCUGAAAUAAAUCAAUGAAUACUAUCAAGUAAUUACAUUUACAGCUUCUGAUUAGCAAUAUGCAAAUGCUAUUCUUGAUUUUAUAGAUCCAAAUCAAUCUUUAAUCUAAUAUAGAUUAUACAGAUAGCAUUGCAUUGAAACUGAAUUUGGGUAUAUUAAGGACUUAAGAAUCAUUGCUAAUAGAGAUCUUUAGGAUAUGGUAUUGGUUGAUAACAGUGUUUUAAGUUUCGCUAUGCAAAUUGAGAAUGGUAUUCCAAUAUUGCCAUUUUAUGUCAAUAAGCAAGAUGAGGAGUUGCUUCAUCUCAUUUAUUAUCUCAAAUGCUUAGUCGUUUAAGAAGAUGUAAGACCGCAUAACAGAGAAGCGUUUGGCUUAAAUAAACUGGCACAAAUGGAUCUUCAAUAAAUAAUUAGAAAUACAACUGUGGAUCCUGCCAUAAAUGAAAGUUUAGGAGGAACAAGCAGUCAUAGUAGCAAUACUGCUGCUGACCGAGAUGAAUCGUAAAGCGACUCAAUGGAAGGACUGCUAUCACCGAGUGCUAAAAUAAAUGAUGUGAAGUAAAAAUACUUCCCCAAUGACAUGGAUCAAAUCAAUGAGGAGAGUAUUGAGAGUGACAUGACUUCGAGCAUGAUGAGCAAAAAAUUGAUAUCAAUUAACUAGCAUAAAUAUGGCAAAGCAUCAAAGUAACAGAAGAGUAUCCAUGCUUCAAAGGAUUCAUCAAGCAAUGCUAGCAGCAACGCUUAUGAUAUAUUUGUUGCUACACAACAGUAAAAAUAUGAUUCUUACAAUUAUGCUAAUGGGUAAAAAAGAAUAAGUAAAUGA